UACUCUCCCUUGUGUCGGUGUCGGGGUGUAAAUAGAUAGAUGGAUAGAUAGUUGGAUAAAUCACGGAUAAACAUUGAAUUGAUAACAAAUAUGGCUGACAAGGUGGAAAAAAAUUCCCACGAAGACGUAAUGGACAGUGAAACAACAGCAAGCAAAAAUAGUAAACAGUGGGUUCGGCUAAAUGUUGGUGGGACUCACUUUCUGACAACCAAAACAACCCUGUCGGGUGAUCCAAAUUCUUUUUUAUAUAGACUUUGUCAAGACUCUGAAUUAAUUUCGGACAGGGAUGAGACCGGAGCUUAUUUAAUUGACAGGGAUCCUACAUAUUUCAGUCCCAUUUUGAAUUACUUGAGACAUGGAAAACUUAUUAUAAACAAGGAUUUGACAGAAGAAGGUGUAUUGGAAGAAGCUGAGUUCUAUAACAUUACCAAACUCAUCCAACUUGUGAGUGAACGAAUUAACAAUCGAGAAAAACGAGCAGCUGACAGACUAAGUCAAAUGCAGAAUGGAAAGAAAUUUGUCUAUCGAGUCCUACAGUGUCAUGAAGAUGAACUUACUCAAAUGGUGUCUACGCUUUCUGAUGGAUGGAAAUUUGAACAGUUGAUCAAUAUAGGAUCUCAGUACAACUAUGGGAAUGAAGACCAUGCUGAGUUCCUUUGCGUUGUCUCAAGAGAGUAUGGAGCAACAAUUAAUUCCAAAGAAACUGAACCCACUGAUAGAGCAAAGGUAUUGCAGCAGAAAGGUUCCAGAAUGUAAAUGCUGCAUUCUUCAAUUGAGAUUCUGAGACUGUGUGUCAAGUGUCUUCGUGGCAUACUUCACGUCCAGUGGAUAUUAACCCACUUACUGUGACCAGAACUCUUUAAUAACCACCUUGUAAUUUUUGAAGGGUGUGCAGUCAAGUGCUUUCUUCCUUUAUUUGAAAUCUUGACAGUGUUGCUUUUAUGUGUUUAUGUUGUUUUUGUUUUCUUUAUCCAUGCAUGAAUUUGUGCAAGUGUGCGAGAGUUGCCUUUUAUAUCCUUCUCUGCGAUGAUCACAUUGAUUCAGUUGUUAAUUUGUGCACACCCUCUAACCUAUUCUAACACUAUGUAUAACAUCCUUCCCUAAUAACACUUAAAUUGGACACUGCCUCAGCAUGACUUUAUCACUGUAUAUAUCCUUAUUACUGAGUAAAGUAGUACCUUGCAAAUUCUUAUGAGGACAUGUGUCCUAUAUACUGGAUACAUUUUUCAUGCAUUUGCCUCAUUGUGUGAUUUUACAAUGUCUUUUUUACUAGUAAAUACUCAAAUGCAUUUUUAUAAUAUUUGUAAGUUUUCAUCUUAUACAUGUUGCCCUGUUUCAUAGCAUUUCAUAACCAAAUGUAGUGUACUAGAUUAAUUUUUAGAAGUGUACUUGGGUUAACAAUGUGUAUAUAAUAAAUUGAGAAUAUUGUUAAUGUAAUGAGUGAUUGCUCCCUUCUAGUUGCGUUGUGUGCUGGCCCUACACCUUAGAGAAAAACUUGGGAAUCAAAUUAAAAUUUAGUCAAGAAAUGAUAAUAUAUUUAUGAGUAAAACAAUUGGUUCUGUUAAACAAUCUCCAUCUGAUAUUAAAGGUCAUAAUUUCUUAUCAUA